AUGGCCCACAGCAGCGACACCACGUCCUGGUACCGCAACGCCCUGUGGUUCGUGACGGGGGUGCGGGGGUGCAGGAGGUACAGCUAUGAGUAUGCUUCCAAGCACUUCAGUCCAGCUGGCGUGGAGGAUCGGGCUGGAAGGUCCUUUCUGGUCACUGGUGCAAAGUGUGGCAUUGGUAGGGCCACAGUCAAAGAGACAGCGAGGGGAGGUGGCACGGUUCAGCUAGUUUGCAGAAGUAAGGAAUGAGCUGAGGUCUUUCGAGGAGAAACAGUGACGGAAACGAUCAACCAGAAUAUUUUCUUGCAUAUUCUGGAUAUAUCUGACCCCAAGAAAAUCUGGAAGUUUGCUGAAAUAUUCAAAAUUGAACAUAAAAUGAGAUAUGUGGGUACUUACAUUCUGACAACUGCUCUGCUGCCCCUCCUGGAAAAAGUAGCUGAUGCCAGACUGAUAACUGUCUCUUCUGGGCCCAUGCUUGUUCAACAUACCAUGCUAAACAUACCUGACUUGUAGUCAGGAAAUGGGACAUUUGAUGGAACUAUGAUGUAUGCACAAACCAAGGUACAACAGCAAGUUGUCUUGACAGAACAAUGGGGAAAAGCUCACAGAAACAUCCGUUUCUCUGUUAUGCACCCCAGCUGGACAGACACUCCAGAUAGUAUCUGCUUGACACUGACUAAUAUGAAGAAUAUCCUGUGCACAGAGGCCCAGGGAGCUGUUGUGUGGAUGGCACUAUCAUCUGAAGCAAAGAGUUUACUGAGAGGAUUGCUCUUCCAAGCCAGGCAACCAGUCCGUACGCACUUACCCCUGGCAGGCACCCACAGUCCACUUGAGGACAAGGAGAAGCUAAUGGAGGUGCUGGAACAGCUCUCCCAGAAAGUUUAAAUCCACUCGUGCAAGAACUUAGCGUCAUUGCCAACACAGUGUAACUGCAGAGCUGCUAACUGCACAGUACUGCAGUGUGCUUGCUGUUGAGGGGAAGAAGGAUGCCAUCACAGCGUUAAAAAGAAAUUGGGUUCAGGUGUUCUCAUCAUGGGGGAGAGCGGUGCAAAGUCUCUCCCAUUGUGACUACGCACCUGCUGUCUCAAGACACAGUAAACUUGUGUUCUUUGAGUUGGAAGAAAAAUGGGGGGGCAUUAAAGCAAAAUCAAGGCUUGGGGAAGCUACCCCAAAACAUUUAAAACACUCAGAGAAAUAAGGAGGAGCAUUCCCUCAGUAGCCCUCACGAAGGACAUCAGGAAAGAAGUAGUAAAUGUUUUAAACUAUGUUUGACUACUGUACUUGACAGGCUGGUGACUUCUUUCACUGUGUGAGGGUGACUGGGAUCAAACUGACAACUGGGAGUAGAAACUCGCCCUUGCAUCACCCGCUUAGUUUAAAGGGAAGGAUUCCUCAUGGCAUUCAGUUUCUAUAAAUCAAUGCUGGUAUGCAGAAGUGACCUGCUUCCUCACGUUUAAACAGCAAGAAUUUAGGAACGCUGCCAAAUGCCUUCCACAUUACUUUAUGGAGUCAGGGGUGAAUAUCAUCCUGUUUGUGUCAAGACACCAUGAAGUAGGUUUCAACACAUACCACAACCAGACAUGGCAGGAUCCAGCGGAGAGAUGGCUGCAUGACAGUAGGCAUGAAAAGAAAUAACAUGUUAAGCCAUCGGUGCUUGCUAUUUCUGUGAGA